UGUUUUUGCAACAUAACCCUUUAAAAACAUUUUUCUAAAAAAAUUGGAUUUUAAUAACAAUAACAAUAAUGUGCUACAACAUUUGUUUAUGUUGAAUUUACCUACUCCACUUACUGGUAUAUUUAGCAAAUAUAGAGGAGCUUCCAUACAUAUGUACAUAUAUUAUGACCCCGGUUUUGAACAAGGGCCCAUUAAAAUAUUUCAUUUCAAUCAUGAAUAAAACUAGAGUCUCUCUGUCAUAUACGUUCAUAUGUAUGUACAUUCAUUUAUGUAUUGGCAUAUUUAUUUAUUUAAAAAUUAUCGAAAUAAAAUUUUAAAAUUGCGUAGAUUUUAUUAUCAAUUAUCUUUUGAGUUGAAAAUAAAUAAAAUUGAAAUGUCUGCUGGACAAACGCCCACUACUACGGCACCAGCUCCAUCAACGGCAGCAGCUCCACCUGCAACCUCUGCAAAUCGGACACCGGCAACGACCCCUGCAAAUCGGACACCAGCAACAACCCCUGGAAAUCGGUCACCAGCAAAUGCACCUAACAUAAAUCUACCCACUUCUAUGCAACCAGGACCAGUACCAGCACCAGUACCCACAGUUACCCCGCCUAGCGUAAACGUAAAUGAAUUAAUAACAAUUACCGAAGUUGCUACCUACGAUAAUCUCUUGAAAGACGUUGGAAAUAAAUUUCUAUUGCUUGAGUUUUAUGCGCCCUGGUGUGGCGCUUGUAUGUUAAUCAAUAGUAAACUCAUCGAACUUGCCACAACAUAUAGUGGAAAAUUGAUCAUAGCGAAGGUUAACAUAGACGAAUGCGAACAAGUGGCUAUAGAUAACAAUGUCAGUAUGAUGCCUUCAUUUAUAUUGUUAAAGGACAGUCAAGUAUUGGAAAAUUUUGCUGGAAGCAAUGAAGCGAAGUUAAUGAGCGUUAUACAAAAGCAUUUAGGAGACCCAUCAAAUGGCGAUAAUGGCACAACAACAGCUGGUUCAUCACAACCAAGGAUAACACAUACAGCACAAAGUACGCCAACAUAAACGUAGGGGCAUAAUUUUGUUUAAAUCGUCGUUGAUAAUAAUAAUGUUGUACAUUUCAUGUAAUUCAAAUUUUCUUUGACCAAACUACACUUUGCUGAAAGAAAAUAAAAAUUGCUCUUUCAAUUCUCAA